AUGAGUAAGUCAGAGGCGACAGUGGCUAUCCGUCGCCCAUACGCAAGCAGCAGGCAGCAGUCCAAGGUCAAUUGCUCCAUCGCUUCCUCGUUGGCAAGCUUAAGCAACCACCUCUCACCUGAAUUAGGUUCCCGCUUACCACACGCCACAUACAAGCAAUUGAAAUUGUCAAUAAAAGUAGAAAAAAAAACACUUACUCAACACGUAAUUAAAGAAGCUAUUCUCCCAGUUUUUGAUGAUUGGCUUAAUAGGCGAUGGGGUACUUUGUCGUAUCGGCUGACGCAAGGCCUAACAGGUCACGGCUGUUAUGGUUCGUACCUUUACAAGGUGGUUCGAAGGGAACCAUCCCCUAUUUGUCAUAGAUGUGGGUGCCCUGAAGACACUCCCCAGCAUACUUGGUUAGAUUGCCCUGCAUGGUGUCUUCAGCGGAGGACCAUGUUUUCUAUAAUAGGCUUGGUCCAAACUGGUGGCAAUACACCCACUCUCUCUACCCUUGUCAGAAUUAUGCUACAGGAUGAAAGUAGAUGGCGGGCUGUCAAAGACUUCUGUGAGGAGAUAUUUGCUAUUAAAGAAAGUGAUGAGCGGGCCCGAGAACUUGAUCCUUUGGCCUCUGAAGUGAGAAGAAGAAGAGAACGACCUCGGCGUGUUUUGCGCUGA